CUAACCAUGUUGUGCAAACUUGUCAUACUGUUAGCUCUGUUUAGGACAACAUUUUCUUCAGCAGAGCAUGAAGGUUUCACCUUCAAUGGAUUCCCAUACAAAAACCUGACUCUUGAAGGCGACGCCAUGUUCACACCAAACGGACUAUUGCAGCUCAGCGGUGGCGCCAAACAACAUUCCCAUGCAAUUUUUCCAGACAAAAUUUUCUUCCAAAAAAAUGAUACAAAUUCUUCCGUUCCCUCGUUUUCGAGUACUUUCGUGUUUGCUAUUGUGUCAGAGUACCCGAAAGUGAGUAGUCAGGGAAUGGCCUUCUUUAUUAGGCCAACUAAACAUUUUGCGCCUGCUCGGCCAGAGUAUCUUGGUCUUUCUGAUCAGACAAAUGAUGGCAAUGCCACUAAUCAUGUUUUUGCUGUGGAGCUAGAUACUUCUCAGAAUGAAAAGUUUGAGGAUAUUGAUACAAACCAUGUUGGUGUAGAUAUUAAUGGACUAAAGUCUAAGAUUUCGCGGUCUGCUGGCUACUAUAACAGUACUGGUGAGUUCCUGAAUUUGACGCUUUACAGUAGACUUCCAAUGCAAGUUUGGGUGGAGUAUAGUGGCUUCAAGAAGCAAAUUAAUGUGACACUAGCUCCCCUGGAUAAAGGCAAACCAAAGAAGCCACUCCUGUCUUUAGAUUAUGAUCUUGAUCCUGUUGUGAAUGAGGAAAUGUAUGUGGGCUUUUCCUGCGCUACUGGAUCAAGGCUUAUCACGUCUCAUUAUGUUCUAGGGUGGAGCUUUAUGGUUAAUGGCAUGGCUAGGGAACUUGAUCUGUUAAAACUCCCCAAGCUUCCACGAAUCGGGCCCAAGAAGAAAUCAAAAUUUUUAACUGUAGGUUUGCCAUGGAUUUUGGUGACCAUGGUUUUGAUAAUAACUUCAGGCAUGUUCUUUUAUAUUAGGAGAAAGAAAAAGUUUGCGGAAGUUCUUGAAGAUUGGGAGCUUGAAUAUGGUCCUCACAGGUUUAAGUACAAGGAGUUGUAUGUGGCUACUAAUGGUUUCAAAGACAAGGAUUUACUGGGCAAGGGUGGCUUUGGUAAAGUGUACAGAGGAGUGUUACCUAAAUCUAAAAUUGAAAUUGCGGUGAAGAAGGUCUCCCAUGAUUCGACGCAAGGAAUUAGAGAAUUUGUUGCAGAAAUCGCUACAAUUGGUAGGCUAAGGCAUCGAAACAUAGUCUCUCUGUUGGGUUACUGUCGGAGACACAAUGAAUUGCUUCUGGUUUAUGAUUAUAUGCCUCAUGGAAGUUUGGACAAGGCGAUUCAUGACAACCCAAAGGUUAUACUGAAUUGGAGCCAGAGAUUUCAUGUCGUAAAAGGGGUGGCAGCAGGGCUUAGCUACCUGCAUCAAGAAUGGGAGCAGGUGGUUAUUCAUAGGGAUGUGAAGGCUAGUAAUGUGUUGUUAGAUAAUCAAUUCAACGGAAGAUUAGGAGACUUUGGGUUGGCAAGACUAUAUGAUCAUGGAACAGAUCCUCAGACUACUCAUGUCGUGGGAACUAUAGGUUACUUGGCCCCGGAACAUAAUAGAACUGGCAAGGCCACAACCAGUACUGAUGUUUACUCUUUCGGGGCAUUUUUGCUUGAGGUAACUUGUGGUAAACGCCCAAUACACGUUCAACAAGGGGCUGACAAUCUGAUUUUAGCCGAUUGGGUGUGCUCAUAUUGGAAUCGAGGUGACAUUGUUGCUGCAGUUGAUCCGAAGUUGGGGGCCAAUUAUGUAAAGGAGGAAGUGGAAUUGGUUCUGAAGCUUGGGUUGAUGUGCUGUAACUCAGAGCCCUUGGCUAGGCCAAAAAUGCAGCAAGUUGUGCAGUACUUGGAACGAAACGCUCCUCUACCCGAAUUGUCAUCAAUUGUCAUAUCUUCAGUUGGCUUAGCAUUUGAACCAUUUUCGAGCAUUGACAUGUCAAAUAAUUCAUCGUCUUCUAUGGAAAAGCCUUGCACCCAACCAUAUUCACUUGUUGCAGACUCUUUUCUCUCCGGUGGUAGAUGAAUAAAAGAGUUAGUUUUAUAUUUAUCUAGGCAUAAAUAAAUGUAAUGUCCAUGUACUUAUAUGUGGAUUGAUUCGGUUGUACC